AUCCUUAUCCGUCAUUAAACUACAAAACAAGUGUUGGUCAGUUAGGUAAAAUGUUACAAAAACGUGUAAUCGAUGUAUCAAUAAUAUCGCAAGGCUGCAUUAAUGUCACUCGCAAUUAUCUGUUGAACUGUACAGCGACUGCCUAGUCUAUCCACAUCUGCUACGUCCCAGUUGGGAUAUUUGUUCUUGCAUGUCCUUGUCGCUAUAUAGAAAGCUGAGCUUGCUUAUUUAGAACCGAUUAAGGGAUUCUGAGCUCGAUUGAGAGAUCGUUUCGUUUGGAUUUGCAGAAUUAUCGCACUGGUUUAUUUCAUGUGACUUAAGCCGUCAGUCAUCUGUGUUACCGCAGUGUAAGCCCUUAACUCAGCAUGCACCCUGAUCUCUCACCUCAUCUGCAUACGGAUGAAUGCAAUGCAAUGAUAAAUCUUCUAAAACAGUGCCAUACGGAGCACAAUGUAACGAGGUUCUUUGGCACGUGCAAUGAUAUGGACCGGGCAAUGCGGCACUGUCUUAAGGCAGAGAGGCUAGCUAAGAGGGAGAAAAGCAGACAGCACGCCGAAGAGAUGAGGAAAAGGGUGAAAGAAGGGCCGAGGCCUGAGACGGAUUAAGACCGGCGCAUCUGGAUGUUGAUUGAACCACAGCAGCGUUUCGAAUCUGUCAUAACCACUUCAACUGGAUGUGGGAUGGAUGGGGUUGGGACUAAUUUAAGACUUGUAAAUGUUACCCAUUUGCCAAUAAAUCACUGUUCAAUAAGACACCUGCUGACGGAUCUGCAUUUGUUUGUAGUGUAAUGAUGAAAAUAAAAAUCGUUGAUUAAAAAAAAAAAAUGUAUUUUUUCACAUAGUUCGUCAGUGAGGUCAACCAAAAGAUUACACUGAACGCAGCUCCAAGAUUGAUUCACUAACCUUCUCUAAACCAUAUUUAAAUUGUAAGUUAAUUAUGUGAUUAACAUGUAUGAUGAACAUGUUCACUAAUCUUGAUUGAAAUGUUUACAGUGGCUGUGUUGUAAUAUACGAUUAAUGCUGGUUAUGGGUUACCCAUAGAAAAGGAAAACAACUAAAAUAUGUUCUUAAGCAUAUUACUUUGAUGCAUGUGUCCAAAAAUGGACCAAUGGAUUAAAAUAACAAUACAUACCUGAAUGAAUAUAAUUAAUUUAUUCAUCAUGACACUUUAUUCAUCAUUAUUUAUAUUGUGGAUAAUUCAGAAAGUUGUGGAGGGAUUGAGGGAAUGGAAAAUGGCACAGCAGACUGUAAAUAAAAUUUCAAAUAAAUACAAAAAUAAACUGCUUUCAAACACUACUUACAAUGCCAAUACAAAACAUACCCUGUAAUAGAAAGUAUUCUGGCAGGCAAUACAUUUAUAUCUACAGUAUAUUACAUGCAGUUCAUUACACAAAUGGCUAGCCUCUAUAGUCUAUGCACUGCCUGUGUCUGAUUGGAAAACUGGACAAUCCUCUGAAUUAUCCAAACUAUUUUCCACAGAAGUCGUUAUU